UGCAAUCGUAGCAACAAAAAAAGCGGUGUGCCAUCGGACGGACGGUAUACCUUUUGUGCCGACGAGCGGAACCAAUUUCCAGUCGCGCGGGUAAAUUAAAGAACAAAAUCCACCCGCCUGCUCGAUCAACGCCAUCAACGCUUUUCCACCAUCAACACACCACGCCGGCGGGCUGGACGCCGCAUUUCCACAUCGGCAAACGGCGGACCAAAGUAAUGCGCUGUUGUUUACUUUUUUAGUUGGCAAUUUUUCCUUAACAACCGCAACCCGGCGGACGGACAGAAUGUCGCACACCAUCCUGCUGGUGCAGCCGGGGCAGCAUCCGGAAACGCGCACCUACAGCGACUACGAGAGCGUGAACGAGUGCAUGGAGGGGGUGUGCAAGAUCUACGAGGAGCAGCUGAAGCGGCGCAACCCCAACACACCGACCAUCACCUACGACAUUAGCCAGCUAUUCGACUUUGUCGAUCAGCUAAUCGAUCUCAGCUGCCUCGUCUACCAGAAGUCGACCAACACCUACGCGCCCUACAACAAGGAAUGGAUAAAGGAGAAAAUCUACGUCCUGCUGAGGCAGGCGGCCGGCACCAACGCGUAACCCAACCGGUGUCGGAAGAGGGCAGCAGCACGUGCUGCGACACGAGCCGACUUUUUUUCAUAUUUUAUUUUAUUUUUUAAAUUUCCUUUCCCAUUAUUUGUACACACUUUUACAGGCUGAGAUUGUGUUUGGACAGCCCGAACAGCAAAAAAAAAAAACGAUCCCAACCCAAGGACUGUGUAGGAACGAGGUCAGAUAUUAGCCAAAAUCGGUUUGGCCAUCUUUGACAGCGGAGAGCCGUUGAAAAUGCAUCAUACUUCAAACAUUUAUUAUUACAAGAGACAUACAUACUUUUCCUGUAAAAUGUUAUUGCGAUUCAUCAUCAUCAUCAUCAUUCAUCAUUAAAAUCCUAAUUAAAAUUUGAAUCAAAAAGGGCUUUCAGAUGUCAAACUGCUGGAACGAACUUGUAGCUACUUGUCAAAUCGUUCUACAUUACUUGACCUCGUUGCUACACAGUCGUUGGUCCCGACCAUGGGCGGUGCAAUGUCGGCAUGGGAUGCGGGUGAGGAGGUUGAAUUAAGUACGCCAAAACGACGAUCAUGAUAACAAAGGAGGCGCUUUAUCAUUUAACAAAAAAAAAAAACCUGUGCGCGCGGUAGUUGUUAAGGGUCGCCCGCCGCCGCCGCGUAUACACAAUGUGUUCAAAAAGCAUACCAUGUAACGGUUGAGUAAUAAAACAAUAUUUUAACAAGCAUAAGAAAGCUCGAAACGUUUUUGGCGCGUUGAAUAGCGAGGAGGGAUGGCACUAAAUUAGGGAAAUAGGAUUUAGCAAUAAAAGUCUCACAAAGGCUUGAUCGUCGAAAAGCCACACAGUUCAUGUGCAUCUUCGGCGCAUAGCAGCCUGUGUGUCUGACCUGCGAUGCUCUUACUAGGGGGCCUUUAAACUUUACUUUAUAUUGAGGGCCUUUAUGGAUGCGCAUUUUAAAGCAAUGUAUUGACCAAAGCCUAAUAGUCGUGUAUUGACAAUCAUACGAUGCGAGGAAACGUUAAUUAAAUUGAGGAGUCGCAUUUGCUGAACACAGAAACGGGAGGGCAAAACGCUGUAAAAAGCGUUACCCGCUCGCUAUCAGAAGAAGCCAACUAGUGUUGGCAGUAUUAAAAAAAAAUGAUGUAGCAUUUAGUGUCAUGGUGCAAUUUAUAAUAUCUGUUGGGUACUUUGUAGUAAUUAUUUUAGCUUGCUUGAACUAGACAAACGGUUUUUAUAACAUUUAAAGCUGUACACUUUUGUCGCAGAACGGAAUGGAAGAGAUGUAAUAUGUAAUGCAAGUAUGAAGUAUGAAAAAAUGAAAUGUAUUUAAUGAAAUUAAAAUAAUUCAAUAACAAGCUCGUCAUGGGUUUCAAGCCUCGAAUGGACCCCGUGCCCCCAUACGUAGGGACUGAUCAUCCGGCUACGGGUAAUUAAUACGUCACUGAUAGCCGAGCCUAUUACCGCUACAGGAAGGCUUUGACCCGACCGAUGGUUGUUGCAUCAACAAAGGAGAAGAAGUUCUAAAUAAUGCUAGGUAGUAAAGGCAUGCUUGGGCAUAUGUGUUCAACUCAUCUAGAUUUGGUGCCAGAUAUGAUUUUAGAUUGAAGAAAUGCCUUUUUUAUAUCCUGUAACCACUAGUGAUUACUGGCGGUAGUGGGUCCGACUAGCGAUUCCAAAGUAUUCGAUUCCUCAUAGUAGAUCCGUUAUCAGUUUCUGGAAUCAGAAUCGGUUGCGGAAUCGGAAUUGGAUCCAGAAUGCAUUCCGAAAUUGGUUCCAGAAUCAGAAUCGGUUUUGUAAUCGGUUCGGGAAUCGAAAUCGGCUACGGAAUCGAAAUUGGCUCCGGAAUCAGAAUCGGGUUUGGAAUCGGCGUCGGAAUUGGAAUUGGCUCCGAAAUUGAGCCCGGAAUUGAAAUCAGCUCCGAAAUCAGAAUCGACUUCGAAAUCGGACUCAGUUUCAGGCAUUUACACAAGAAUAUGCGUUUGGGUCCAAUGAUGCUACGUAUUGAUAGCCGCAAAGAAUCCCGAUUUACUUGUAAACGAGCCAUUCUCACGGAGAUUCCCGGACUGAUUUCGCCUCUGAAACUUCUUCUUUGAAUUCGGGAACUGAUUCUCAUUGCGGAGCUAAUUCCAAUUCACUAAUCCAAUUCGGAUCCAAUUCGGAGCUAAGACGAUUCAGAUUCCGUUACGGGGGCAAAUUGCGAUUCCAAGAUCGAUUCCGAUUGCGGAGCCGAUUCUGAUUUCGGAUUCGGAGUCGACUCCGGAAUUGGUUCCGGAAUCGGAAUCAACUGCUGGAGGUUUGCAAGUCAAAAGCAGAAUAUAGCAGAAGUAAAUAGCAAACAGCAGAGCGCCUUACUGGGGAAUGGUUUUAGAAUGAAUAUUAUUCUGUGCCCUGUGUGCAGACGUUGCGUUUAUUGAUGAUGAAGACCCACCUCUGACCCCGUACAUAGCUAUCAUAUUUUAUUCUAUUUUAUGUGGUUGCAAAACAAAUGGUUCCGAUUGUCGCGUUCGCAACAGCUGGUACUCGCUAGAUUUGAGUUUGCAUAGGACACCUGAUCUGCUGCUCUUUCGGAUUUGGUGAUAUUAAAAACAAUAAAAAAAAAACGCACGAAACGCAUAUCAUUAUGCGCAUCAUUUGACGUACAAACCGAAGGGAACCGGUUGAUGGUUCAAAAUCAAAAUAAAAUAAAAAAAAACACGGGGGAAUUACAUCGCGAAUGACGUAUUCGGUGGAAUGACAUCGUCGGCUAUGGAUUAGGAAUAUCCAGCAAGAGCGGAGCCACACCACAAGGGAGACGAAACAAGAAAAAAAAAGAUAAAAAGCAAACGCAAAUAGAAGAGAACAUUUUGAGGGAGGGGGAGGGGGGGGCAUAAAAACACGCCGCUAAGAAAGGUUAAAUAAAUAAAAUGCAAUAAAUGGCAAAUGAUAAUUGCUUCCUCCGUGUCUCUCGAAGCGAACGUAUCGUCAGUCAAUUAACAGAGUUUGUGGUAGAUUUUUUGUUAAUGAAAUUUAUGUCUUCCUUUAAUUCACACAAUCUUUGUUUUCUUCUUCCUGUUGCACAUAACAUAAGUAGGAAAUAUUGUGGGAGAACGGCUCAAACUUAAACAACGUUUGCCGGUUGAUUGGUGUGUGUGUGUGUGUGUGUGUGUGU